GAAUUAUUAUGUCCUCAUGGAGAUAGCACCGGCCUCCGAUCGCUGCCACAAGUACUGUGGAUACCAGAACGGGGGCGAGAACAGCAAUAUGGGUGGCUGGAGUUUUGCGGGGCCGGCAGAGCCGCAACAGCCCUUCGGCUAUAGGAUUUAUAAGCAUCCCGAGAGUCCGGCAACGGGAUCCAGCCACUGGAUGGACAAUUCGAUCAGCUUCAAUAAAUUGAAGCUCACGAACAACAUCAACGAUCCCAAUAAUACCGUGGUAUUAACAUCGAUGCACAAGUACGUUUUUAGGAUCUGAAUAGUCCGUUGCUUCGAUGCGAAGAACUAAAACGAGCUCUUUACUCAUUCAACCGCGUUGUUCGCUUUCAAGGAGACGGAAUUUAUCGCGGUGACGGCAUACCAAAACGAGAACAUCACGAAGUUGAAGAUCAAUAACAAUCCAUUC